AUGAAAUGUUUCGUGUCAUCCAAUUGUACAUGCUAUAAUGGGCCGCUUUAUCGCUCAAGGGCUUCCUUUAGUAUUGCUGUGAAAUGGCUAACAUCUAUGAAAGGAAAGCUUUUGCAAGCCCCGUUUAGGAAAAAAGCGCCACCCAUUCUUAAUCCGUUUAUUACCCAAGAUCUGCAAAAUACGCGUCACAACCUAGAUGGCAAUUCACCUCAAAUUGAAGCAUUCCCUUCUGUUCAGAAGCGCUUACCUUGUUGCAGCAAUUCAUGGGAUUCCAUACUGUACAGCGCUGAACGGCAUCUUAACGAAGCAUCAGCCUCUGGCCUUCUCAAUUCUCCUGGUGGGUUUUUGUCGGAGGCUGGUAAGGAGUUUAUUGACGGCCGAUCAGAGAAAGAAUAUUUUGCCUCGAUCUUUUUCAAGCUAAAAGCUACCAUUGGAAAUGAGGGACACCCCCUUCUGAACACCGUUAAUUCGUACUACCUGCAAGCAGGUGGGAAACGGGUGCGUCCAUUGAUGAUUCUUUUAUUGUCCUUGAGCUAUUUCAAACAAAAUUCAAGUGCGGCCCCAUGGACUUCGUUCCAAAAACUAGCGCAGAUUUCUGAGCUGAUGCACACUGCAUCUCUGAUGCACGAUGACGUGAUUGAUAACGCACAUUCUCGAAGAUCUUUGCUUUCGGCACCGUUUUUGUUUGGAAACAAAGCUGCCAUACUUUCUGGAGACUAUCUGCUGGCAUCGGCUGCCAUUCUUUUGGCUCGGCUAAAUUCGCUCCAUAUUUUCGACUUGAUGUGUCAGAUAAUAUGCGACUUGGCGCGCGGAGAGUUGAUGCAAAUGGAUGUUCCUCCGAACGAGAAAUUUUCUCUCGAUUAUUAUUUGGAAAAGAGCUACCGGAAAACAGCCUGCCUGAUGGCCAAAAGCUUUCAAUCGGCCUCAAUAUUGGCGGGCCAGUCGGAGCAGCUACAAAAGGCAUCGUACCCCCAAAUAUCUCCUAAAUCUCAGAUAGUCGAUGACAUUUUGGAUUACCAAGUUUCUUCACAGGAUUUUGGAAAAACCACCGCUAAGGACCUCAUUGAUGGGCACCUUACGGCUCCAUUUUUGUAUGCAAUCCAGGAGGACCCGACUUUGGCUCGUCUUUAUGACAGCGAAUUUGCCAAUCAUGGGGAAAUUGACUUGGCCUUUGAAAUCAUAACCAAGCGAACGAAAGCUAUUGAAAAGGCAAAGUUCUUAGCGAAAGAAUACCAAGAACGGGCAUUGGCACAGUUGGAGCUGAUCAAAAAAUCUCUAACUCCGGCCGAUGAUAGCAUUAAUUUUCUUGUGGAGCUUACAAAAACACUCACCAAUAGAAGGCGCUAA